AUGGCUUUCUUGAAUAAAUUCUUUCCUAGUUUUCUUUAAGAAAUGACAGAUUAGAUUGAGUAAUAAGAAAAAGAAAUGGAGGAGUAGUUUUUAAACGAAGAGCCAUGCAUAAUCUAAGAGGAUGUUAUAGAUUAAUCUUAAAGUUUCUAAAUUGAGAAUUCUUUGGUAAAUGAAUCGCAAUAAGUGGAGAAUGCUGAAAAUAAUCUUGAAACACCCUAAGUGAGCAUAGUAAAAUAAGACAAAUAAGAUCUAAUCGAAAUUGAUGACUCAGAGUCUUUUUAAGUUCAAAAUGAGGAAUCCUUUGAUCAUCUCUCAAUAUUUGAUCCAGAAGAUGAAUGGUUGAAAAAUAACUAAAAAUCCUUAAUCAGAUCCAUUGCUACUUCAAGUGUUGAAUCACAGUUUUCAAAUGUUCUUUUAUUGAAUUAACCAUCAAAUGUUUCACUCUUAAAAUCCAGAUCUAAUAUCUUUAUUAAGAAUAAUGUUUUACAAUAAUUGGUGUAAAAAUUUUAAUUCUUUUCUGAUGAAUUCAAGACUCACAUUGAAAAGCAGACACAUAAGGCUACUCUAUUGUCAAACAGAACUGGGGAUGAGAAAGAGUUUGAUCAUAUGAUCAAUUUCCUAUAUGAUUUAGAUAAUAUAGAUAUUGAUACCAUCUACUUGAUUCUAGAUCUAUUAGAAUAAUUCAAAAGUUAUAAAUUAUGCAUUUAUGUUUGCAAUUAAUUCAAAUUGGCCUAGUAUAUAGGUAGAUACUUAGUAUCAUUGGCUUCACUCUACACUCCAUUAACAAGGACCCUCUUGAAAGAUAACUAUUAGAUUAUUAUAAAUAAACUCUAUAGAAAACAAAUAUUAUAGUAAGCAGCAGUUUCCUAAUUGGCUAUUAAUAAUAUAUUAGAAUCUAUAAAUCCUUUGUUCUUGUAAUUUAAAUUUGAAGAACAACUCAAUUUAUCAAAUAGUUUCGGAAUUACUUGUUACAAAGAAUUGAUUGGCUUAGGCUAUUGGAAGACUGUCAUUUAUCAACUAAAUUAUGAACACGCAUUCAAUUUGUGCAAAUCAUUUAAUAGUUAUUCAGAUAUUGUUAAUGUAAUAGAGAAAGUCAAGGAAAAUAGAAAAAAUAAAUUGCUUAGUGAAUAGGAAUAGUUUAACUAGAAUAAAUAUUAAUAUUUUAUAGACAUUUAAGAUGCUCUUUAAAAAAAACAUUCAAAUUUCAACCCAAUAUUUUCAACUUCUAUUAAAUAUUUUGAUAAUAAACGAUAAUUAACCUAGGAUAUUAUAGAAGAUAUUAUUAAAAAUAGUCAACUAUAAGAUGGUUCAAAUCUAAAUUACACUUAAUAAUUGAAGUAAAUAGAAUCAAUAAUUCUAUCUCAUUUAAUCUUAGAAAUAAGUGCUACAUAAGAGAAAAAAAAAGUAGAUCUAUCCUAACUUGUUGAAAUUAAGAUUUACUUUUUAAAUCAGAUCCAAUUAUUUUGUUAAAAUUCAAAUAUUAUUGAUUCUUUCUCAUUCCUGUAUCAGUUUUCAUUACCUUAAGGAGAAAUCAUGGAUCAUUAUUCUUAAUAUACCCUCGUAUAUUUAACUUCUGGUUUAAUUUCAUUUUUACACUCAUCAUAAAAAGAAGUAUAAAAGGAUUAAAUUUAAAUAUCAUAAUAGGAAUUAAAAUUUAUUGAUAUUGGAUUUGAAUAUGUUUUGACUCCUUAUCAUGUGGUUCUGAAGGCUAUUUAUAAAUCCUUUAUACAGAGUCUCUCUGAUCAAUUCUUCCAAUUAUCGGAGUCAAUUAAAACUUAUUACCUUAUUUAUGAGAAAAUUGGUGAAAAAUAGUAAUUCCCUUAAAUUGUAUAUAGAAAUCACUUUUUGCCAGUCUUUUAACAAUUGUAUCACUUAGAAUAAAAACAAAAAAAUGUAUUACCUAUUAUUUUUCUUCCUAAAACAGUCAACCCCUAAAAAUUCAAAAAUUUCAAUGAUUAACCAAUUAGAAAUUUGGAAAUUGAAAGACAUUCAUCUUCAAUUUUAAAUUAAAUAAAAUCCCUUCAUUUAUUAGAUUUUACUAAAAUAUUAAUCAAGACUAAUAUUAGAAAUCCAAAUCUACCCUCUUAAAUUAAAUAAUUCCUUAUAAAUGAAAGCAUUGCACUACUUCAAAAGUCAUAAGAUAAAUUGAGCCAUCAGAAAGUAAUUUUAGCUAUAAAUAUGUUAAAUUAUGUCAACGAAUUACCUUUGGCUAUUUUUACGCUCUAAUAAAUGAAGAAGACUAUCUUGACUAAUCCUUAUAUUAAAUAUAUGGAAUUCCUAGAAUGCUAAGAAUACAACAUUACUGAUGAUCUGUUUAAUUGCUUUGCAGAAUUCAGUGCUGAUCUUUAGAAUUAAUUAUUCUUAGAUGAAUGGCUCUAUCACUUAAUAAGGGUUGGAUUAACAAUUCUGAUUUCAAUUCUAGAAGAGAAGAAGUUAUAAAUAUAUAUACCUUAUAUCUACGUUGAAUUUGUAAAAGAGGUUGAAGAUCAUAAAAUUCAAGCUCCUAUAUUUAAGAUUUAAAAUGAAGAAUUACUUGUAGAGUAUUUAUAUCUUUUAGGAUAAUUCCUAGAUAAUUGCAAUUCUGAACAUUACGAAUAUCACGCUAAUUUAUUGCUUAUCAUUUUCAUUAUCAAUUUACCUGUUUUAACAAAUGAAGUUAUCGAAUAAAUAGCUAAAAUGAUAGAAUUUGAUUCAAAAUAUAAGUUUUAUUAAAGACUUAAGGUGAUAAUAUUGAAAGACCUAUAAGUGAGGUAAAAUGAGUAUAUUAAACAAAACCACUCAUUAUAUAUAAACCAUUACUUAGACUUGCCAAUUACUAAUCUCUAGAUAGUCAAUAAGUAUCAAUAAAAUUAGCUUGAAUAACUUUAUAAUACUUGUUUAUAAAAUUGGGAACAAUAUUAAAAUACAUCUGAAUCUAUAAAAUAGAAUGGAUAAAACUUAAUUAGAAAAUGGUUAUAGCAUAAAUAAUUUAUAGCCAAAUAAAAAUUUUUACAGCAGUCUAUCCCCAAAUUUUAAUUAUAAACUUAUAUUGUUAAAUUUUAACAGUUUUACUCAUUGAAUCUUAAAUAACUUUAUAAAAAUUUGAAUAACAAAGAUAUCAAAAUAGAAAAUAACAUUAAAGAAGCUUUUGCCAUUUAAGAGGACAUCUUAAACCAAAGACAUGGAGCAGUUGAUUCUAUAGACCUUCAUUUUUGUAAUUCAUUAAUAGAAAAGCUUUCUUAAUUGAAUCUUUAAAUUCUGAAGGGAGUUAAUGUGAGUUAAUAAUUAAUUGAAUUAUCAAAUGAAUUAGUUGGUUGGAAAGAGAAUAUCAAAUUGAAUUAAGACCUAUAAGAUGAAUUAUUGGCUAGAAAUAAAGAGUUAUUAGCAAUAAAAUGGAAAAACUUGAAAUCAGGUAUAAAAUUAAAGAAGAGAGUUGUAAAAAAAGUAGAAAUGCAAACUAUUUAAGAAGAGGAAGAGGAAUAAUAAUGA